CACUAGAUUCCCGCUUUAAAGUGCACGACACGCUUUGCUAGCAAAAAUAUACAAAACAGUUUGUAUAUAUAGAAAAAAUAAUAAUAAUGACAAAUCGGGAUGACCUUAGCUCUGCGGCCAAGCACAAAUUUGUGGAAGCCGCGGCUCGUGCUAAAGUUCCACUGGAGACUUUACCAUAUGAAAGCUACAAGUCGCCUUCUGGCGAGGAGUUUAAACUAUAUUGCCGCGCCAAGAGCGAUAUGGAUGCAAAGACUCUGAAAUGGACAUUUAAACUGGCGGAGCAGAAUGUCGGCCCAUUCUAUAAGCAGCUUAAAAUGGGCUGGCAGCCAAAGGUUAAACAUUCUGAGCUAAAUAAGAACUGGGCACGUUUCUUGGUGGCCCAGAAUGAUCAGAAGCAACCCGUGGCCUACACUAUGUUUCGCUUCGACAUGGACGGUGGCGACUGUGUGCUCUACUGUUACGAAAUACAAAUUGCUCCCGAGUACCGAAGAAAGGGUCUUGGAAAGUUCAUGAUGCAAAUGCUCGAAGCUUGUGCUAGACUUUGGAAAUUGGAAAAAGUUAUGCUUACCGUGCUAAACAAUAAUGAUAAUUCGUUAACGUUUUUUAAAGCGCUUGGCUAUGCCAAGGAUGAGACAUCACCCGAUGUAUUAGAAAAAGCUGACUAUCAGAUAUUAAGUAAGUCCAUGCUGGGCUAAUUACUUUAAUUAUUUAACAAAAAUAUUUUAUGUGCGGUACAAACAAAA